UGAGUGCUGGUCACGUGAGUGUCAUAUUGGAAAGUGCGGCUCUGCAGCGGAGGACUGGGCAGCGGACUUGCUGCGAUAGAAAAACGCCGCGGGUGAAUCGGUGGUCGGCUGUAGUCGCCGUGCAGUGUCACCAUUAUGGCGAACAUCGCGAAAAAAGUGUCGUGGUCCAGUCGGGGUGACGAGCCGGCCCAGGGGGAGGGAACUCCGCUGCUUAAUGGCACUGGCGCAGCAAGAUAUUCCAGACAGUUUCCUGGUGAUAAGCUCUUUCACGUAGGAAGACUCAGCACCGUGGACCUUGAAGAAGAAAUAGACGAAGAGGAGUCUGUCGUUUCCCGGCCAAAGGAGAUUCCACACAACGAGAAGCUCCUUUCCCUGAAAUACGAGAGCCUUGACUAUGACAACAGUGAAAAUCAGCUGUUUCUGGAGGAGGAAAGACGGAUGAGCCAAAUGGGCUUUAAGUGCCUGGAGAUGAGUCGCUGGCUGGUGUGCGCCCUCAUUGGGAUCCUCACCGGCCUCAUCGCCUGCUUCAUCGACAUCGUGGUGGAUAACCUGUCCGGUCUCAAGUACCAAGUCAUUAAGCAGAAUAUUGAAAGGUUCACAGAGACGGGGGGAUUGUCCAUCUCCCUGAUCCUAUGGGUGCUGCUCAACUCCGCUUUUGUCCUGGUGGGCUCGGUCAUAGUAGCCUUCUUUGAGCCUAUUGCAGCUGGAAGUGGAAUUCCCCAGAUAAAGUGUUACCUGAACGGAGUGAAAAUACCCCGUGUUGUGCGCCUUAAGACUCUUGUGGUGAAGGUCUGUGGAGUGAUUUGUUCAGUGGUCGGCGGCCUCACCGUGGGGAAGGAAGGACCCAUGAUCCACUCGGGUGCUGUGGUGGCGGCUGGCAUUUCCCAAGGCAGGAGCACGUCUCUGAAGAGGGACUUCAAGAUCUUCGAAUACUUCCGGCGGGACACAGAGAAGAGGGACUUUGUAUCGGCGGGCGCGGCUGCAGGGGUGUCUGCCGCUUUCGGAGCUCCUGUGGGUGGUGUCCUUUUCAGCUUGGAGGAGGGAGCCUCCUUCUGGAACCAGAUGUUGACCUGGAGAAUCUUCUUCGCUUCCAUGAUCUCGACCUUCACCUUGAACUUCUUCAUGAGUAUCUACCACAACAAGCCGGGAGAUUUUAGUAACCCAGGUCUCAUCAACUUUGGACGCUUUGACAGCGAUAGCACGGAGUACUACCUGUAUGAGAUUCCUCUGUUUAUCGUCAUGGGAGCCUUCGGUGGAUUGCUGGGAGCACUGUUCAACGUCCUGAACUACUGGCUCACCAUCCUCAGGAUCAGGUAUAUCCACCGGCCCUGCCUGCAGGUGAUCGAGGCCAUACUGGUUGCUGCCGUGACGGCCACUGUGUUCUUCACUAUGAUCUACUUCUCCAACGACUGCCAGCCCCUGGGGGAGGAUCAGCUGGAGGAAUACCCCUUGCAGCUGUUCUGUGCUGAUGGCGAGUACAAUUCCAUGGCCACGAUCGUCUUCAACACCCCGGAGAGGAGUGUCCGCAGCCUGUUCCACAGCCCCGCAGGUUCCUACAAUCCCGUGACCCUGGGAAUCUUCACCAUCACCUACUUCUUCCUGGCCUGCUGGACAUACGGCCUGACUGUGUCCGCCGGGGUCUUCAUCCCCUCGCUGCUCAUCGGCGCCGCCUGGGGGCGGCUCUUUGGCAUCUUGCUGGCCUCCAUUACGCCGCACAAUUCCAUACAGACCUUGGCCGACCCUGGGAAGUACGCUCUGAUUGGAGCCGCCGCCCAGCUUGGUGGGAUCGUGAGGAUGACCCUCAGCCUGACUGUCAUCAUGGUGGAAGCCACCGGAAAUGUCACCUACGGCCUACCCAUAAUGCUGGUUCUGAUGACGGCGAAGAUCGUGGGCGAUUAUUUCGUGGAGGGGCUAUACGACAUCCACAUCAAGCUGCAGAGUGUGCCCUUCCUGCACUGGGAUGCCCCAGCCACCUCCCACUCCCUGACUGCCAGGGAGGUUAUGAGCUCUCCAGUAACCUGCUUCAACCUGGUGGAGAAAGUGGGCACUAUUGUGGAUGUGCUCAGCAACACCUCGACCAAUCACAACGGGUUCCCUGUAGUCUCCGGGUUGAGUGAUGGCUGUGAGCCAGGGAAAAUCUGUGGCUUAAUCCUGCGUUCCCAGCUUAUCGUGCUCCUGAAACACAAGGUGUUUGUGGAACGGGCUCGUUCUCGUCUCAAUCUGCGCAAACUGCAGCUGAAGGACUUCCGGGAUGCCUACCCUCGCUUCCCUCCGAUCCAGUCCAUCCAUGUGUCCCAAGACGAGAGGGAGUGCAUGAUGGACCUGACGGAGUUCAUGAAUCCCACCCCCUACACUGUCACGCAGGAGACGUCGCUUCCUCGUGUCUUCAAGCUGUUCAGGGCCCUUGGUCUGCGGCACCUCAUUGUGGUGGACAGUGACAACCAGGUGGUGGGACUGGUGACGCGGAAGGACCUGGCCCGUUACCACCUGGGCAAAGACGGCCUGGAGGAGCUGCAGCUGGCACAGACGUGAUGCGUGGAAGGCGACUGCCGCGCUGCUCACCAGGCCAACCCCCCCUGCCCCCAGUCAGCCCCCGCCAGAACCCGCACCGGUCGUGCAUUUCAGCAAAGUCCGGAACCCGGGAUGCCAAUGACUGACUUUCUGGUUUCGUUCACCGAGGGUUGGUUGUGAUGGGGGAGGGGUUCGAUUCCAUGUGUGUUUUGCGACUUUUUGUUGCCCCCUCCCAGUUUGCACAUAAAAUAAUUUAUCCGUUAUGUUUUUAAAGCACUUCAGAGAGAGUGAGAGUGAGAGUGAGAGUGAGAGUGAGAGUGAGAGUGUGUGUGUGUGUGUGUGUGUGUGUGUGUGUGUGUGUGUGUGUGUGUGUGUGUGGUUCUACACACACUUGGGUGUCAAUCCCGCUCUGUGGUCAUUUGCAAAGCUUUGGUAGCAUUGUGAUAUACAUUAGUGUAAAUGUGUAAAAAGCAUUUCAAGCUGUGUGUGUGUGUGUGUGAGAGAGAGAGAGAGAGAGAUUAGCCAGGCCAAUAACGUUCCUCCUUUACUCAGACUGUGGUCUAUUGACAGAGGGUACCACAGUUUUCUUGUGACUUUAGCUUUACUUUAGGGGAAGUUAAUUUUCCUCUCCCAGAUAAUUGUCUUGCACAUUGUACCAUUAACCAAUGCCUCCCACCCCUCCCAUGCCAGUGUAGGUAAGACCAACCCUGCCCCCCCCCCGGAAAAACCCUGACUCGCUUUGACCUUUUUCUCUCAUGCUGGAUGCUAGCGGUUUUUAACAUACAGUGUUUUUUUCUCGUGAAUUCGCCCAUCGGCUGACUGCCACACUGCCUGCGUCCUCCCCCACCCACGCCAGUACGUGACAGUAUGUAUCCCCCCCCACCCCGGGUGAUUCUCCAGGUCCUGUGUUUUUGACGGCGAUUUGUCUCUUGUUGCGCCGUACAGCCUCUAGGUGGCAGAAACCCUGGUUUCUGAUAUAUACCUGAAUAAAUUAUGCAAAUCGGGGUCAGGUUUACAUGGGUCGGGUGCCAAACAAUGCCAGUAGUGUGUGUGUGUGUGUGGGGGGGUGACUUCACAGGUGCUCUCCUGAAAAUGUGUGUAUAUCAUUGUUUUUAAAUGGCACUUACUGAAAGCAGAGUGGGGUUCAGGGCAGCUUAAUGAUUUGCAAGGUGACCAUGGGUCGUGUUUGGCCAAGGGGGCGCUAGUGUGUUGAGGAAAGGAACUUAUUCUGGUCUUUGCAGGCUGUGCUAGAAACCCAAACCCACUCCCAUGGCUGUAUGUGGCUCCGCACUUUAAAUGCCUCUUACCCCACCUCGUUUCCCAUCUGCGCCCUACAACUUACAAAUCCUUGCAAUGUCACGUGCAAGGGGGCCCCCUACUGGCCAAGCAAGGCCCUACAGUCGCUGGUGCCCUUGGGGGUCCAGCCGUACAGUUUUUGCCAACAGCAGAGUUUACACUUUGACUAGUUAUGUGCUGUUUAGUUAUUUUGUUUUUAAUUAAGGUGAACUUGCCUAAGUGACCCUGAUCAGUUAAAUAGGGUUUUUACCCACCCAACAAGCCUAUCGAAAAUGGACAUACCAGUUAAACGGUAAACGAUGUGAAUCCCUUAGCAGAUUUUGAUUUUAUUCUGAAUAUUAAAUGUCGUGUUUUAACUCAACCUUAAAUAAAUUAAAGUAUCUCCAUUUUAAAGAGCACUGUGACUGGAUGAGAGAAUUGUUUCGGCGUUGGCAAGUACCACCUUAGCGUACAUUUAUAGAGACGGCUGAAAUAUACUGGAUAAUUUUGCAUAAUUUUUAUUUUGCCAAGCUUGAUUUUCUUCUGUGAUUUCUGAAAUCUAAUAAAGGUUUUGAUGCAUAUGCCUA